UAUUUUGAUGUCAUCAAAAGACAAGCUCUCCUUGUCCCCUUUUGGGGGUCGAUCUCGGAAUUGGAGCGCAGAGGAGAAGUAGGCGUCGCAGAGGCACGUGUAUCAACACGUUUAUUUGCACUUGAGGCCAAGCUGGGGUUUUCCUGGUGGACGGUGCCAGAGUCAGUAACACGACUCCCAGAAGACCUUUCCCGCAACAGUCCCUAACGGGGCGUGUCUUGGCGUGGCGUUAGACAAGCACGGUCUGAGCAAGGAAGGACUUUUCUUUUCAGAUUCCCGUUUCCUGAAACAGAAGCUGUUGAGGAGAAACGCUGUGUUUCCGGGAGGUUGUACCGGAAUAAAGACUCUCCCGGGUCAGACUGCUGCUCUGAAGUGUUAUUUUCUGAGUACCUCAGCCUUCAAGGGCCUUCUUUAUUGAGAAUCAAUGCCUCUCCUAGGUAAUUGAUCACCAUAGACCCAGGGAGACUCAAUUCAUCCUGGAGGGUGGGUAAUCGUCAUGAAUAAUCAAGAUGCCGUGGCUUCGAUACUGCAUGAGUGCAAGCAAGUGCUGGAUCGUCUCUUGUUGGAAACGCCAGAUGUGUCUACAGAGGACAAGAGUGAGGACCAGCGGUGCAGAGCUUCACUCCCCAGCGAGUUAAGGACCCUGAUCCAGGAGGCAGAGGAAAUGAAGUGGCCCUUCGUGCCUGAAAAGUGGCAAUACAAACAAGCCAUGAGCCCAGAGGACAAAACAAACCUGCAAGAUGUGAUUGGCGCCGGGCUGCAGCAGUUACUGGCGGCCUUGCGAGCCUCCAUCCUUGUCCAGGACUGCGCUGCCGCCUCCGCUAUUGUCUUCUUGAUGGACCGGUUCCUGUAUGGACUCGACGUCUCCGGAAAACUCCUGCAGGUCGCCAAAGGCUUGCACAAGCUGAAGCCUGCAACGCCCAUCGCCCCGCAGGUGGUCAUCCGACAAGCCCGAGUCUCCGUCAACUCAGGGAAACUGUUGAAGGCAGAAUACAUCCUGAGCAGCCUGAUAAGCAACAACGGAGCAACCGGGACCUGGCUGUAUAGGAAUGAGAGUGACAAAGUCCUGGUACAGUCGGUCUGCAUACAGAUCAGAGGGCAGAUUCUGCAGAAGCUAGGCAUGUGGUAUGAAGCGGCAGAAUUGAUAUGGGCCUCUGUCAUAGGAUAUCUGACACUCCCUCAGCCAGAUAAGAAGGGCAUUUCCACAUCACUGGGCAUACUGGCAGACAUCUUUGUUUCCAUGAGCAAAACCGAUUAUGAAAAGUUUAAGAAGAGCCCAAAGGUUAACUUGGCCCUGCUCAAGGAGUUUGACCACCAUUUGUUGUCAGCCUCGGAAGCCUGCAAGCUGGCAGCUGCCUUCAGUGCCUACACACCCCUCUUUGUGCUCACGGCUGUGAAUAUCCGUGGCACAUGUUUGUUGUCAUAUAGCUGUUCUGCUGACUGCCCUCCGGGAAUGAAAAGUGUGCAUCUGUGUGAAGCCAAAGAAGCUUUUGAGAUUGGCCUCCUGACCAAGAAAGAUGGCGAGCUGGUUAGUGGCAAGCAGGAGCUGCACAGUUUCAUCAAAGCUGCUUUCGGCCUCACCACGGUGCACUCCAGACUCCAUGGGGAGACAGAUGCAGUUCGCGCAGCAAGGCAGCUAUGCAGUGAAGCUGUGGGCAAGCUCUACACCUUCAGCACUUCCCCCACAAGCCAGGACAGAGAAGGCCUGUCUCAGGAAAUCAUGUCUCUCAUCAGCCAGGUGAAGGGACAUCUACGAGUUCAAAGCUUCCCAAAUUUAGAUGCUUGCUCUUAUGUCCCAGAGAGUUUCAAGUGUGGUUUAGAUCGACUCAUCUUGCAUGGACACGUGGAUUUCCAACAAAUUCUUGAAACCUAUUCCCAGCACCAUACUUCAGUGUGUGAGGUAUUUGAAAGCACUUGUGGGAACAGCAAACGCAACCAGAGAGACACAAAAUCGGAGGUCUGUAUUACCACUCUGAAGACAGAAACAAACACCGCAGAUACUAUGGUUGCUACUCUAGAGAGGGUGAGUUCCCAAGACAGCAGGAGUACAGCUUCUUCCAAAAUGUCUAAGAAAGAUCAAGGGAAGCUCCAAAGAGAAAGGGGGAGAAGCUGGACCCAUUCCAAGGCAUUCCGAGUCUCCCUGGAUCUAGAUAUGGAGACUGAGACUGAGCCACCAAAUCACAGCAAUGGAGGGACAGAUGUUUUCAACAAGUCUCUGAGAGACAACUCUAGCUCCUGUUCUUGGGGCAGACUGUCAGGGCUCAGCUCUUCCACAAGCUGGGAGGAAGUGAACUGCGCUGUUCAGGAUGUAGUAAGGAAAGGGUCUGGCCAAGAAGAGCAUCCUGUGGAGGCGCAAAGCUCUGAGGCAGCGUCUGAGGAGCCCAAGAGGAACAGAAGCAGCAGAGCUGUGUAUUUGUCUUCAAAGCUCCGUGGUGUCUCUCUUCAGACAACUGGAGAUGACAACUUAGAGUCUUCACCAAGUCAGUUACACAAUCACACAUCCAUCCUUCCUUUCAAUGCAAAAGAUACUUGUUUGGCCUCGGGUGCAGGACUGGUAGAAACCGCUGAAGGAUCUAGCAAUACUUCUCUUCAGUCCAGUCAUUCGUGUGGUUCUGAUUCCUGGUCCUUGUCUAGUUCAGACAGGUUCACGGAUGUGACCACGAAUCCUUCAGUUCAGGAAGAAGAACCCUCUGGAAUAAUGGGUGAUGUCCCAGAAUCCAAGUAUGACUGUAAAGACUGGCACGGAGAAAAGAAUGGGGGAACACUCGCUGAAAUAUGCACAGGGCCUGAAUUAACAUCUGCCCCCUCUUCGGUCGACCCAGAAGGAGAAACAGCAGAAAGCACAGACGAUGGACUAUCACCCUCUCAGGUAGCCCUGGGAUGUUUAGAAGGCAGCCAUUCAAUGUCUACGCGUAGGACUUUCUUUCCGGAUGGGUCGGUUCAAAACGCUGACUCAGCAAAGACUGGCUGCUCAGUCAGAGACCAGACUGUCGACCCUGAUGCCUCAACGGUGGAUGAGGAGGGCCAAAUGCUUGACAGCACAGAGAUCUGCUCCAUUGGCCAAGAUGGCGCUCACAGACCACGUGCUUUGAGGUCCGGUCAGAGUGCGGAGGGGCCAAAGUCCUUUGUAAAUGGCUCCAGUCCUUCCCCUAUCUUCGAUGAGGACUUCAGCACCACAGAGGAAGGAGAGGAGCUUGGGAGCAUGCUGAAGAGCAGCCAAAACUCCAGCUCAUACUCACCAUGGUGGCUAAAAUCACCAGCCUUUUCCCGCAGUUCGUCAGAUGGGGAAAGCUCCUGGUCUCUGCUGAACUCAAGCAGAAGUUCCUUCGCCUCGCUGGCAGGACAGACCAGUCAAGAGAUCCUUGAGGCUCGAACCCUACAGCCUGAUGACCUUGAAAAACUUCUGGCGGGCGUGAGGCAUGAUUGGCUGCUUCAGAGACUGGAGAAUACUGGCGUUUUGAAGUCCAAUCAACUCCAACAAGCCCACAGUGCCCUUCUGCUAAAAUAUUCCAAAAAGUCUGAGUUGUGGACAGCGCAGGAAACUGUGGUGUAUCUGGGAGACUACCUGAAAGUGAAGAAGAAGGGCAAGCAGAGAAAUGCAUUUUGGGUCCACUAUCUCCAUCAAGAGGAAACCCUGGGGAGAUACGUUGGGAAAGAAUACAAAGAGAGGAAGGGGCUCCGGCACCACUUCACUGAUGUGGAGCGGCAGAUGACAGCACAGCACUACGUGACAGAGUUUAACAAGAGACUCUACGAGCAAAAGAUUCCGACUCAGAUAUUCUACAUCCCCUCUACAAUAUUACUGAUUUUGGAAGACAGGACUAUAAAGGGAUGCAUCAGUGUAGAGCCUUACAUCCUGGGGGAAUUCGUCAAGUUAUCCAAUAACACCAAAGCAGUCAAAAAUGAGUACAAAGCUACAGAAUAUGGCUUGGCCUAUGGCCAUUUUUCUUAUGAGUUUUCUAACCAUAGAGAUGUGGUGGUUGAUUUACAAGGUUGGGUGACUGGUAAUGGAAAAGGCCUGAUCUAUCUCACGGAUCCUCAGAUUCACUCUGUAGACCAGAAAGAUGUCACUACAAACUUUGGAAAGCGGGGAAUAUUUUACUUCUUUAAUAACCAACAUGCAAGCUGUAAUGAAAUAUGCCAUCGUCUUUCUCUGACUAGACCUUCACUAGAGCAAACAAGCAUGCAGAGCAUAUUGACAUAUUGAUUGAUUGGGCCAACGGAUGAUUCUGGUCACUGACUUAUGAGGGGAAUCACAAGUGUCGAUUUCAGGCCUACCCUUGCUUGCCAGGAAAAGAUCCUACAGACCUUAUUCCCUCUGACACAGGGACAUGUCUGGUGGCUGUCCUAGUCUCUACAGUUGUAUAUGAUGUUCGAGAUCCUGAGUUGUAUGAAGACAACAUGGAAAAGGGCCCCAACCAACCCACAAUGGAUGCAGACCUCAGCUGAAAACAAACUGCUGUCAUUAAGCCAUUGUGGUUUCGGUUUGUUUUGUUGUUGUGUAGUAGGUUGGUUAUGGCUUGGUUUGUUUGGUUUUUGCUUGUUUGUCUGUUUGGAGAGUUUUGGUCAUUACCUGUAAAAGCUGAUACUGUUGCUGCUUUCAUGUUAACUUGAGAGCUCUUUGUGAAUUUAAAACCUCCAGAUUCCUGAAAAGAUUUCAAACUUUGUUUCUCUUUUUACAUUUGCCAUUUUGUAAAACUGUUAUCCGUUCAGACUUUUUUUUUAAACUGAGCUGUUGUUACCAAUCUUCUUUUCAUGUUUGUGUGUGAUACCAGAUAUUUCUGUAUUCUGGGUUUCUUUCUGAUUCCCCCAUGCUUCCUUCUAGUAUGUUUCUAUCUACGAAAGGUGUGAUAGAAAAGUGGUCACGGACCACAGGAUCACCACAGCCUAUUGCUUUCCCCAUACAUCUUCUUCACACAAGAUUGGUAAUUAUUAUUUCCUGCUGAAAGCAUUGUAUAAAUGCUCAGUGGUACCACACACAUUUGGGGUAUGUCUUCUCACCUGGGUUAACACAACCCAGGAACUCCCUCAUAGACAGUCUUAGAGCAUUGUCUCCUAGAUAUUUCUAAAUCUUGUCUAGCUGACUAUCAAUAUUAACCAUCACAUACUGUGCUAAGGAAAUCUAGGAUGAGGGGUGGUCAUUAAGGGGUACCAUGGAGUUCGUGUAGAAGGAUGGAAAGAGAGCUAUAUAUCCUAAAAAGAAAACAAAGCAGAGGAACCAAGAGUGACAGAUUGGAGGGAUGUGACAGCCAAAAAUGUCAAGGAAUAGAGUGACAAGCAGAAAAAGGGAAAUGGGAAGCCAUUGAGAAAGAGAAACAUCGGAUGAUGUCUCAGGGCAGAGAGGGUGAGAGGGUGGGGGUAGGGGACACUCCAAAAGUACAACCUUUGUUGGAACAGAAAAACAGCUACUAGCAGAAUGGGCAGAGGCCCAGUGCCAGAAGUCCUCCCAAGAGCUCUGGGUAUAUCACUUUCUAGGGUCCUAGGCCCCACUUCUUCCUCACUAAGCCUGCCCCAGGGUAUCUUCCCUUGCAUGAGAAGACUUUGCAACAGCUGCAAAGCCGUGGGUGCUGAGUGGUGUGCAUGUGGAGAGCACCAAGCAUCCCCUUUCAAUGUACAAUUAACCUAAAUUCCCCUACGCCCUCUCUCAGAGCAUCCUCCAAUCCCACUCAUUUUGUUCCAAUACAAGAUUUUAUUCUUUGCUGCUGGAUAAUAUUCCAGAUGAGCCUGUUAUAGCUGGCUCCUGAGAGGCUCUGCCAGAGCCUGACAAAUACAGAGUGGAUGCUCGAAGCCAACCACUGGACUGAACUCAGGGGUCCCCAAUGAAGGAGCUAGAGAAAGGACUGAAGGAGCUAAAGGGGUUUGCAACCCCAUAGAAAGAACAAUAUCAGCCAACCGGAGCCCCUAGAGCUUCCAAGGACUAAACCAACAACCAAAGAGUACACAUGGAGAGACCCAUUGCUCCAUCCGCAUGUGUAGCAGAGAAUGGCCUUGUUGGGCAUCAAUGGGAGGAGAGGCCCUUGGUCCUGUGAAGGCUCGGUGCUGCAAUGUAGGUGAAUGCCAGGGCAGGAAGGUGGGAGUGAGUGGAUGGGUGCAGGGAGGGGGGGCACCUUCAACAGAAGCAGGGGGAGGGAGGAUGAGAUAGGGGGUUUCUGGGAGGGGAAACCGGGAAAGGGGAUAACAUUUGAAAUGUAAAUGUAUAAAAUGUCCAAUAAAAAAAUCAAUGUCUUUGCUAAAAGUAUGACCGUUAAUCAGGACUGAAAUAACAUUUUGAGGACAUUUAGAACUUUUGCAUAUGGAUUGAGCAAUAGAUGAAAUUGCUGAGUAAUGAAAUGUCCUGGUGAAGGAGAGCGAAACAGUGGGGGAAGGGCUCAGAGCAUCAUCCUUCUCUUGCAUCUGCACAGAACCGGAUGAAGGGCACAUAGGCUACAUUAUACCACUCUGUGUACUUCUUCCCAGAUUCCUAAUUUCUGCAUAUUUUUUCAUAGAUGUAAGGUUAUUGAAAGGAAUGCCAAGUAAAAUGAAGAAUGGACAGAUAGAGAUGAGGAUGAUCAAGAUUUUUCGGAAGCUAAUCAAAGAGAGAGAGAGAGAGAGAGAGAGAGAGAGAGAGAGAGAGAGAGAGAGAAAUAGUAGCCAACAGUGUAAAAUCCUACAGCAAAAAUCAAGAAAAAAUAGAAUAUGUACUUGAUGAGAGACUGGGGACAGUACAAAGAGGUUGUGACAGCAAGAAAGGCCAUUAACUGACCGAGAGGCGUUAAAUGUCAUAGAACUGAAGUCACUAAACCUGGGUCCAUGCCCAUGAGUCAAACCUCCUGUGAAAGCCAUUUGUUGUUAGAAUGAUUUUGUCAGUGCUAUUCUCUCUGAAGCAGUGAAGAAGGACGGGUGACCUGUGAACUCAACUCCACCCUCAAACCUCCAAAUUCAGCAGAAAAUGUAGGGUAAGGAAAUCUACUUGCCCUACCUGUGGGAUCCAGGCCUGGUUAAAAUGGUACUUGACUUAGCAAACCUCCAUACGAACAGCUCCUUCUGGAAUAAAAUGGGCUACUUUCUCCCCUGGGUUUCCAAAUCCUUUGCCUCCAAGCCAGCUGGGCCAUCAGAUGCUAAUGGUACCCAGAAAUCCCUCACUUGUCAUCCUGUGGAUUCACUGUAAAAAAGCGGGUGGAGCCUCUGUCCAGGAUGCUGACCUGGACCAAUCCUAGCCCCAGACCACUGCAGCUUUACUCCCCUCCCUGCUGGGCCCAACAUGGACAGUUGUUGAGAUCAAGUUAUGCCCUACUCUGAGUUGCUCUAUAUUUUGUAAACAAUGUUUGCUCAGAUAGAUUCUGUCUUAUAAGCAACUUUUGAACCUCAAAACUGAAUCAAAGUAUACUGGAAAUGACAUGAAACUUUUCGUCUCAAAGCCAACAUCCAGUGACAUACUUCCCCCAAUAUAUUUGCAUCACCAAACCACCACCACCACCACCACCACCACCACCUGCCAAACAGCACCAAUAACUAAACCAAGUGUUCAAGUACCCAAAACUAUAGGAAUAUGUUAAUUUUAAGCCACUCCAUUAUAACCAGUGUCUUGUAGGCUUCUAGCCAUAUAAUGCAAAAUACAUUUCAUCAAGCCUCAAAGGUCCCUGUAGUAUUUCAGUCUCUACUGUUUUGAAGUCCAAAGUUGCUUCUAAGACUCAAGACUUUUCAUUAUAACCCUCUAUAAAAUCAAAAAGCAAGUUAUAUACUUCCAAUAUAUGAUGGCACAGAAUAUUCAUUACCAUCCCCAAGGAGAGGAAUUGGGGCAUAGUGGGGGAAACAACUAGACCCAAACAAGACAGAAACAAGUCAGGGCAAGCACCAAAUUCUACAGCCCCAGAUCUGGUGUCUGGACAUUCAUUUCAUAGGACUUAGAUGUCUCCACUUCUGCAUCUUUUCUGACUUCAUCAUAUAUCUCUCUCAUGGGCUGGUUCCACUUCCUGUAAGCUGCCCUCCUUGGUAGAUACCUCACAGCUCUGGCGUCUUCAACAUCUUGUGGUCCUUUGGUAGUUUGAAUGAGGAAUGUCUACCAUAGUCUUGGGCAUUUGUACACUGGGUCUCCUGUUGGUGGUACUGUUUGGGGAGGAUUGUGAGCUGUGGCUUUGUUGUGGGGGGGAAUGUCAUUGGAAGUGGACACUGAGAGUUUUUAAAGAUGUGUGCCAUUUGGAGUUUGCUCUCUCUGCUUUCUACUUGUGCUUGAAGAUGUGAGUUUUCACCUUCUGUUCCAGGCAUCGCAGCUGCUUUUUGCUACCGUGUCUUCCUGCCAUGAUAGAAUCCUUCCUCUGGAAUGAUAAGCCCAAAUAAACUAUCUCUUCUAUUAUUA